AUGAUGAGAUGUCAUAAGAAUAAGAAAGUCAGAAGAAGAUGUAAACACUGCUAUCAAAGUAGAGCAGCACUGGUUGGAUCAGUACAAGUUGCAAAUGAAGUUAGGAAAGUUUCAACUUUCUGCUUCACUUGUUAUACUUACGACUGUUUCAAUGUUUAUCAUAAAAACUAAUGAAGUAUAGGUAUUUAUAUAGUUUUUAAUUUAAUUUAACUAUAACUAUUAAAAAUGUAUUAUUUUAUUUUUAAUUAUAUAUUUUAUAUGUUGUUUCAUUGUCUCUUAAGUCUAAAACAAUUAAAUCUUUAAAGAAAAUAUAGUUAUUUUAAGAAUGCUACAAAAAUUUAUUAUAAAUCUUAAGGUAUUUUUACUUUAAAUAUCUAAUAUUAUUUUAAGAGUAUGAAAAAAAGAACAGUUUUUUACAUAUUAAAUGGUUGAUUAAAAUUAUACAUUUACUAAUAGGUAAUGGUCAUUUUUAUGUAAACAUUGUAUCUGAGUAUACUGUUGACAUAUUUUCUCUUUAUAUAAUGGUAAAAAAAAAAAAAUUAAAAAUUGGUCCAAUUUUAAAGAAACAUACAUUUAAAAAUAUAUUAUUUGCAGCUGCCCACAAUUAUUUUAGGAUAUCCUACAGUGUUAUACUUAUGCUAAUAACUUUGUUAAUAUUAAUUUUUUCUUCAUCCCUGAAAAAUAUAACUUUAUUUUUCCACUUUUAAAAUUUUUAAAAUAACUAUUUUAUAAAAUAUAUAUUAUUCUAAAAAUGUUAAUGUACAUAUACUUUUAAAUCUGGUCAAUAGUUUCUUAGUUAUAGUGACUUCUAUUAUUCAAUAUAGAUAAGGAAUUACCAUGUUGAUUGUGAUUCCUUAUCGUGUAUGUUUUUCUAUUGAAAAUUAAUUGUUUUCACACUAAUUUUCUAGAAAUUCAUUUGGCUAUUACUAAGAAACUAUGGAUCGGAUAUGAAUGUAUGUUACAUUAAAAGUUUUAAAAUAAUUUUUUUUACAAAAUUGCUAUUUUGAAAAGUGUUAAAAUAAAGUUUUUUUUCUCAAUAAUUAAACGAUGAAAAUAAUAGUUUAAUUUUUCUCAGUAUAUGUGUCCCCCUCGCACUAAACCUGGUUGAAAAAAAAUGAAUAUUGAAACAAUUAUUAGCAUAAGAAUAACACUGUAGGACACCAUGCAUAGUGUAAACAUAUUGUUAUGUCUUACUGAUCAACUGUUAUAUACAAAAACAUCAAUUCAACCACAUCAAAUACACAAAAUGGUUGAAUGAUUGUGAAAUAUAACUUCUAGAUAUCGCUGACAUAUCAAAAUGCAAAUAUAUCUAUAUAAUAUUAAAUAUUUUUAAUGUUGUAGUUUACAGAAUUAUUACACUUAGUAGACGGUAUGUCAAAACUUCUAUUGAAAGAAAAAUUAUACAUUUCGUAUUUAAAGAAAAAUUAUUAGAAAAUUGCAAUUACUAAGAAAAGAAAAAAAAAAUGUUCUCUACACUGGUUAGCUUUAGUGGUGUGAUUCUAUAAUAUAAUAAAAUAUACUAAUAUUAUUUAAUAUAAUAUGAAUUUAACCUAUGAAAAUAUUAUUUAUUAUUAGUACCAAAUUCAGAGAUAAUUAAUCUGAAUACACAGAAUACUUAGAUAUCUAUUAAAUAAUAUUACUCCUUGUUAAUCUUAGUAUUUAAAAUGUUUUACCCAUCCAUUGAAAAACGCAUGUUUUUUUUGGUUGUGUGCUUCAAUUAUAUUUAAUAAACAGAUAUAGUGUAAAUAUUUUACUUCUUAAUGUAGGUAUCAUUUGCAUAAUAUAAUCAAGUAAUACAAACAUACUAUUACACAAGCUUUGCAUUUAUAAUUAUGAUUAAAAUAUAUAAUAUAAAUAAACUACCAAUAUUCUUUUUUAUUAAUUUUGGUUUUUUUUUUCAGUUCAAAAAUCAAAUGGAACAAUUAAAAUCUUUACAUGCCCGAAUAAAUCAUGUAAUCGAAAGUAUAAAUCACAAGGUAGUUAUUUCAACCACGUUCAAUAUGAAUGUGGUGGUCGUAAACAAUUUGUAUGUUGGAUUUGUAGUAAAAAAUUUAGCCAAAAAGGAACUUUAAAAAGUCAUCUUGGUAUUGUUCACAGCUAUUUGGCUAGUUAAAUAUGAAUACAUAAUAUUUAAAUCAUAAUAUAUUUUUUGUACCACAGAAAACAAACAAAUUUGUCUAUUAUAAUCCUUAAUCUUCCAAGUCUCUUCACAUAUAGAUCUGCAUAUAAUAUUGCUUUAUUCUCCAAUUGCAGGUAAAACCAAUUCUUCUAGUUUUCUAUCUUAAAUUUCCUUAAAAAUUCUCCACCCUCCUACUUCUUUCGUUAAUUUGUCCCUUUCUAUAGUUCUUUCUCUUCAACCAUUUUACUUGAGAAUCCCCCAAUUAUCUGGAUUAUGUGCACUGCUAAUAACAACUAUUCUUUUACUCUUAAUAUUUAACACUUUUAUACUUUUCACUAAUUACCAGUUAGGUUUUAUAUUAUUUUUAGUUUUUACAUACUCGAUUGUUGACUGUUAUUAUGUUCUUUACUUUUGAACUCGUCCCGUAAAUGUAUUGUAUUUAUAAAAAAAAAGUGUUGUAACUAUUGUAUUGUAUUUACCUAAAAUUAAUAUUGAUAAUAUAAUUUUUUGAAUAUAAAUCAAUGUAAGUAAAUAAUCACGAUUGAAUGUUAUUUUUGUGUAUAUAAUUGUUAAUAUAUAUUAGGUAUUUGUUAUUAUGAAUAUUCUUGAUAAUAGGCUUAUUUAUGAGGGAAAAGGAUGAAACGUUAAUGAAGUGGUAAACAAGUGAUAGAAUAAUAGUUUAGUGUGAUAAAAUUUUUCUACUUUUCUGGAUUCUAGGGUUAAAAAUCACUGAACUCAUCAUCUCAGCUAUCUACAAAAAAAUAUUUCUUAAUCCUGCUAUUGAUACAAAUUAAGUAUUCCUCUACAACAAAUUAAACAUGCAAAUUUUAACUUAUUUUAUCCUGAUUAAAAUUAUUAUAUUUUCCCUCAAACAAUUUUUCUAUUUAACACUUGGUAUUUAAGAGGUAUUUUAUGUCUAUUGAAUUUUUAAUAAUAAAUUAUAUUCAAUUCUAGCACGUUUAUUUAUUUAUUUGUACAAUGUAUAUAUUAACUUUUAUUAAUAAAUUAUACAAGUUAUAUCAAUGUUUUAUUUUUUGUAUAGCUUUUAUGCCUUCUUAUAAUAGUGUACACAAUACAAUUACACCAGGCCAGGAUUUUUCAUAUGCAUAACACUCGUUAAAUUAAUUAUUAAAUCUGGUUGUUUUUAUUUUUAAAAUAAUAAUUGAAAAAUGUACACUUGAUAUCCUGAAUAAUCUUAAUCCAGGCCUGGUCAACAUUAUAUAAUUGAAUUUUAAUUCAAUACCAUUAUUUUAUGUGUAUUUAUAAUCUAAUAAUUUUUCACAUUUAGAUAUUCAUUAUUUGGACAAGUGCACAUAUCAAUCAAAUUCAUCCAGAUAUACAUCAUAUAAGUUCACAUGCCCAAACUGUAACCGGAAAUACUCGCAUAAAUCCAGAUUAG